AUGUCAGGGAAGGCUGCUGCUGAUGAUAUUGGAAUUCACCAAAUGUCUCGGAUCUCAGAAUUGCUGUCUCCUGCUGAAUGCGAAGCUUUUCACAGAAAAAUCACUCACCCCGAGGAAAACGUUAUGAAGCUUAUUGAUAAAAUGUCAGAGGAAAAUGACAAUUUAUUCAAGGUCAGACAACGCAGAGCCAUCGUUAGUGUGGAUGAAUGCAGAAACGUUCUGAUUGACUGGCUGAAGAAAGAAGGAGACACUAUGUACUGGGACAGGCUUUCUCGAGCACUGAGUCAGAUUGGCAGAUCAGAUGUUGACAGAGAAAUGGGAAAGAACUUAAACCAAGACAAGACCUUGGAGGUGAAGAAGUACAUUGAAGAAUACAACAAGGGAAGUCCAAAAACUCACUCCUCGCUGGUGUUAACCGAUGAAGAGAUUAAAAUCAACGGAAACCGAGGAAAACGCAGCAAUUUUCUAGAGAACUGGGAUGAACUGGAACUGAUCAUCGAGAUGAAAAAGCACCCUCCUUAUCCCAGGAACCUCACGGAGGGCUUCAGGACAGUUCUCUGGGGUGUGCUUCUUGGGUUUGUGGGCUCGACCGUACUAGGUGGCAUCAGUCUGUACUUCAUUGUGAAAAUAGCAGAGAGGGACUGCGUGGAGAUGAUGCGUCGAUCCAGCAUGCUUUGCCGCGUCAAACGCAGAAGAAAACCAACCCGGCAGAUAGUCUACUCUUCAGACGAUGAAACGACUUACAAAGGCUAGCCAUGUAAACCCGUCAAGCAAUACUUCCCUGCUUUUUGUACAGCCUAACAAGGACAUGUGUGGAAAACGUCAAUUUAUAUAGCGGCAGUCCAACAGAUAAUGCAUAAUGUCAAUAUAAUCG